GACGAGGGACACCUGAAGGCGGCACAAGGAGUAGUAAAGAUGGCGGAGAACAGCGGCACAGACCCCAGUGUGGAUGCCAACGUAGAUAAAAAUGCUGCUCAAGACGGGACCAUGAUUGUGGUCACUGUCAAAACCCCGAAAGAUAAAGAGGAAAUUGUGAUUUCGGAGGAUUCUUCAGUCGCUCAGUUUAAACAAGAGAUAUCCAAGAGGUUCAAAGCCACGCAGGAGCAGCUGGUGUUGAUUUUCGCUGGAAAGAUCCUGAAGGAUGGGGAUACUUUAAACCAGCAUGGCAUCAAAGACGGACUCACUGUUCAUCUCGUCAUCAAGACCGCUCACAAAUCCACGGCUGGUAGUGCAUCUCCGACGACGAGCUCCGGUGCUGCCACGCCACAAGCCAGCAGCAGUAGCCGCACCAGCCCCGCUGCAGCUUCCAGCACAGGGGGUGGCGCAGGCGUGACACCAGCACAGCCAGCUAAUAUACUGAGUGGGCUCGGCGACCUCUCCGCUCUGUCAGGCCUGGGUAUGGGGUCGUCCAACUUCAUGGAGCUGCAGCAGCAGAUGCAGAGACAGUUGAUGUCCAACCCAGAGAUGCUGUCUCAAAUCAUGGAGAACCCGCUUGUGCAGAACAUGAUGUCCAACCCGGACCUGAUGAGGCAGAUGUUUGUGGGCAAUCCUCAGAUGCAGCAGCUCAUGGAGCGCAACCCUGAGAUCUCCCACAUGCUGAAUAACCCUGAGCUCAUGAGACAGACUAUGGAGUUGGCAAGGAACCCAGCAAUGAUGCAAGAGAUGAUGCGUAACCAGGACCGGGCGCUUAGCAACCUUGAGAGCAUCCCUGGGGGUUAUAAUGCUCUACGGAGAAUGUACACAGACAUCCAGGAGCCUAUGUUCAGUGCUGCUAGGGAACAGUUUGGAAACAACCCGUUCUCCGCCUUGGGGAGUAACGCAGACAGCUCUGGAGCACAGCCGUCCAGAACAGAGAAUAGAGAGCCGCUACCAAACCCAUGGGGACCCCCAGCAACAUCAGCAUCAGAGAAUCGAGCAACAGGCACCUCUACGUCAUCCACCUCCACAGGAGGCACUGCCCCCAACCUCUCAAACCCCCUGGGUAUCAAUGCCAUGGGCCUUGGCAAUGGUGUCUUCAGUAGCCCUGGUAUGCAGAGCCUGAUGCAGCAGCUCACAGAAAAUCCACAGCUGAUGCAGAAUAUAAUGUCAGCGCCAUACAUGCGCAGCGCAGUGCAAUCAAUGGCACAAAACCCAGACCUGGCGUCACAGGCCUUGCUGAACAACCCACUAUUUGCUGGUAACCCCCAGUUACAGGAGCAAAUGAGAAGUCAACUUCCUUUUUUUCUCCAGCAGAUGCAGAAUCCUGAAGCCCAGUCUGUGCUGACCAACCCUAGAGCCAUGCAGGCCCUCAUGCAGAUCCAGCAAGGCCUGCAGACCUUACAGGCGGAGGCCCCAGGCCUCAUGCCCAGCAUGAUUCCCACAGGUCUGCCUGUAGUUCCUCCCACCACAGGGGGCAGUGUGCCUCAAGAGAACCCUCCUGCCUCAGCACCAGGGUCCACUCCCUCUCAGCAACAGCAGCAGUUCAUGCAGCAGAUGUUACAGAUGUUUGUGGGUGGAGAGCCACCAUCUCAGACCCCUGAGGUUCGGUUCCAUCAGCAGCUAGACCAGCUCAACGCCAUGGGCUUCAUCAACCGUGAGGCCAAUUUGCAGGCACUCAUCGCUACAGGAGGAGACAUCAACGCUGCCAUUGAGAGACUGCUGGGCUCUCAGCCCUCCUAACUCAACUCAGCCCCCCUCAGCUCACUGUGGGGGUGUUGGGGGUGGAAAAAAAUGACAAAGAGAAGGGGAAGCGGGAUUCUGGGGGUGAAGUUUGAAGACUGGUAGGGUUGAGGGCUGGGAUGGGAGAUCAGAAAAAUAAACGAACACUGUCCUUGAUCACAUGCAAGUCAGCAACCCUCAAACGGACUCAGUGGAAUUCCAGUCACUUCUAAUCUCUUCAGCAGAUCUGUGAACGAUAGGAAAAUAUAGACAGGCAGGUUGGGAGGUCUUAGUGGGAGAGGGCGAGGGAUAGUGUUGCCGGUUUCAGUCCCUAACAGAAAUGGUCCUGUGCUAAUGCUGUGCAAUGACAAUAUCGCUGUGAAACGCCGCCGCAACUAACGCCGCCACCAUCGCCGUGUUACUCCCGCCAGCGAAGCCUGAGAUGAUUUCUGACAUGACGAGUGCUCAUUCAUUGGACAUCUGCAUGAGGGUACCAAGGAAUUAACACAUAAUUUUUAACAUUGUAUUUAGGUGGUGACUUAGAGUUUUCAAAAGUGCGAUUUGAACUGGAGUGAUGUUGCUGUUGUUUGGAAGACUCACUCUGCUCUCUGUCUGGAGAACGUGCUUGUUUUUUCAUCACUUUUUUUUUUCUUCUGUAUCCUUAAUUCUGCCUGAUUGACUAGUAUUUAUUGCAAGAGUUGUUGAAAUUAUCCACUGUCUCUUCCCUUACAUUUCUGGAUAUUUUGUCUUUUGUUUUGUUUUCUUCCCAAAGUCUAGGGUUGGAAUAAUGUUUGUAUAGUCCUCACAGCUGCCUAAGAUUUUUUUUUUUUUUUUGGGAGGGAGGGGGGGGUCGUCAGGUUGAUUUUUCAGGUUGAGAGACUAGUAAGGUAGUUCAUCAACCCUGCAAUAACUAUAUAUAAAUAUAUAUAUAUAUAUUAUCAACAAUCUGUUGUAAUGAUCAGUUGAGGCUCUUACGGAGUAGACAAUGUGAAAAAAUAUCGGUGAAAUGUUUUUAAACUGAUUAAAAAUGAAAAGAUGAAUCCUUUUACCUUAACAAUGUUGUGUAUUUUCAUACAAGCAGUGUAGUGCCUAAAUAUAUCGCAUUGGCUUCAGCAAUACAUGGCAAAAUUAUCUAUCAAAUCUCAUGGUAGCUGUUUGCUCAUAUCUAAUUUUUUUUCUGAUCUGUUUCCCCCUUAAUCCAAUUCAUUAUUUCGAAUACCAGCCCUCAAAGGAAAUCAGUUCAGCUCUGCCUUUUUUUUUUUUUUUUUGGACUCCAUUCUCUCUAUCUUGCUGAGUAAUACCCUUUUAAAAAUCUGAAGUAUGUAUGAAUAAUUUAUUGUUAGUUGAAAUUGGGAAGGUGUGCUAUUUAAUUCUUGCUUGGCGUAUCGAUGUAGACCUGCAGUGUGCGUUGCCUUGAGGUAGUAAAACAGAGUGGCCUAUGACGGAUUGCUUGCUUCUUCCAGUGAUAUCUGUAUGGUCUGACAAGUAUAUUACUACUCCUCAGAGAUCAAAAUAAAUGUUUAUACACACUGUGGCUUG